UACUUGUCUUCUCAUGUGUUGGAAGCACUGAGGAAGUGCAGGAGCAGUCCCAACCCGAGUGAGUCAGUCAGUCCAUCAGCGCGCCCAGAGAGACGCGCACACCGCCUGCUCGCAAUCCACAGCCAUCUGCGCAUCCACAGCCUUUUUGUUUGCUUGGUUUUUUUUGGGGGGGGGGGGACACAAACAACUCCUCAUGUAGACUCUCCGGGAUAGGAGGACCUUUCCCGGGUUUACAUUCCUGGAAUAAUUCAGUCCGAUGGUUUAGAGGGCCUCUUAAAGUUGAGGAGUCAGUCUUGCCUGAAGAAGAAUAUUUCAUCCAGAAAAAAAAAAAAAAUGACAGGACUUACUCCCAUUUGCAUUUUUUGGGCGCUCCUCGCCACUUGCGUCUCUUCAGGCAGCAAGUCAAAUGUGCCGCGCCUCAGACUCUCCUAUAAAGAUCUACUGUCCACCAACAGGUCAUCCAUCUUCAGCGGGCAUCACGGCCAGCUGUCCCUCUCAACUGUCUACCUGGAUGAGUACCGUGACCGUCUCUUCCUCGGCGGCAAAGACGUCAUGUACUCUCUUCUGCUGGGACCUGCCAGGAGCGAGUCCAAGGAGAUCUAUUGGCCCCCGUUACCUGGCAACCGAGAAGACUGCAUCCAAAGGGGGAAAGAGCCACAGACGGAAUGUGCCAACUUUGUGCGCCUCCUGCAGCCAUACAACCGCACUCACCUCCUGGCCUGUGGCACUGGAGCGUUCCAUCCUAUGUGCACUUUCAUCGAUGUGGGCCACAGAGGAGAGCACGUCUUCGCUAUGGACCCGAAGAAUGUGGAGAAUGGACGAGGGAGGGUCCCGCAUGACCCCAGCCUUCCUUUUGCGAGCACCUUCAGUGGCGGUGAGUUGUUUACAGGACUGACAGCGGAUUUUUUGGCAAGAGACUCUGUGAUCUUCAGAAGUAUGGGAGGUCGCUCCACCAUGCGGACAGAGACCGAUCACAAAAUCCUUCAUGACCCGAAGUUCGUGGCGGCACACCUCAUUCCGGACAACGACGACAAGGACGACGACAAAGUCUAUUUCUUCUUCACCGAGAAGGCCACGGAGGCGGGAGACAGGGAGGAGGCCAUUCACACGCGUGUUGGACGCGUUUGUGCGAAUGACGUAGGAGGCCAGAGAGUGCUGGUGAAUAAGUGGAGCACCUUUAUCAAAGCCAGACUGGUUUGUUCUGUCCCAGGACCUCAUGGCAUCGAUACACACUUCAACCAACUGGAGGAUGUUUUCUUGCUAAGGACCAAAGAUGAGAGGAACCCAGACAUUUAUGCAAUCUUUAGCACAAUAAGUAAUGUCUUCCAGGGGUUUGCUGUGUGCGUUUAUCGCAUGGCUGAUAUCAGAGAGGCCUUUAACGGACCAUUUGCUCAUAAAGAGGGUCCGGAUUACCAGUGGGGAGCCUACGAAGGCCGCGUCCCUUACCCCAGACCGGGAGUGUGUCCCAGUAAAAUCACCAACCAGCCUGGCCGGGAGUUCGGCAGCACCAAAGACUUCCCCGACUACGUGCUCCAGUUUGCCCGCAGCCACCCGCUGAUGUGGCGGCCGGUGCACCCUGCCUUGCGCCGACCGGUGCUGGCCAAAGCCAACGUUCCUUACAGGCUAAAACAAAUCACGGUGGACCGGGUUGAGGCAGAGGACGGCCAGUAUGACGUCAUGUUUAUCAGCACGGACAUUGGGACGGUUUUGAAGGUCAUUGCCCUCCACGGUGGAAACAGUCUAGAAAUGGAAGAGGUCACACUGGAGGAGCUGCAAGUUUUUAAAGUGCCGACCUCAAUUACAUCAAUGGACAUAUCAGUCAAAAGGCAAGCCCUGUACGUGGGCUCCCCGGCAGGCGUGGCCCAGGUGAAGCUUCAUCGCUGCGAGACCUACGGGAAGGCUUGCGCCGAGUGCUGCCUGGCCAGAGACCCUUACUGCGCCUGGGACGGCUCGUCCUGCGCGCGAUACGUCCCCAACAGCAAACGCCGUUACCGAAGGCAGGACAUCAGGCACGGAAACCCGGUGCUGCAAUGUCUGGACCAGAAUUUUAGUGAGGACCUGGAGGAAAUGGAGGACCGGGUGGUCUACGGCGCUGAGAACAACAGCACUUUUCUGGAAUGUGUUCCUCGCUCCCCACAAGCUUCUGUCAUCUGGCUGGUGCAGCGCGAUGAGCGUAAGGAGGAGGUCAAGAUGGACGAUCGGGUCAUGUCUACAGAGCAGGGCCUCCUCUUCCGUCGUCUCCUGAACCAGGACGCCGGUGUGUAUAUCUGCCGCUCCAGUGAGCAUGGCUUCAGCCAGACCCUCGCCAGACUCACCCUCGAAGUCCUCCAGGGUGACACCUUGGAUGAGUUGAUGGCACGGGACAACACCGGCCUUCCUGACCUACUCAAAGACAGAGCGAACUACAGGAACUGGAUGCCUUGUAGCUCAUACAACAGGUUGAGUCCCGUCGGCCAGUCGCGGAUGUGGUUCAAGGAUAUCAUGCAGACGAUCGGCCCGUCCAACCUGCCGAAUGUGGAGGAGUACUGCGAGAGGAUGUGGUGCAACGAGAAACUGAGGAGGAAGCACAAGAGCAUGGUGGAGAAAUAUCGGCAGGCCCAGGAGAGCGCCAGGAAGGCCCGCAGCAAGAGUUCUGGUGAGCGCAAACGGACACCGCGGGACCUUAGCACCCGGCAGAAGUGAUGGUGAAAACUCACGGAGGGGAACUCAAAGAGAAAAUACAGACAAUUAGCUGGAACUGGAUUUGUCAGGAGGUGCGGCCGUAAGAAAGUAGAUGCUUGCUUCUGGGUAUCACCCCUCAAAAAGGAUUCCGGGUGGAAUUAACUGGCCCCCGCGGGACGUGACGAUGAGAUCAAUUGAGGAUGUCUUUAAGAAAGCUCGGGACGCACAUAGCGGAUGCCGACAUUUAGGUUAGCGUUGGACCUGCUUAACUACGUAUUUAUGGGCCGUGCCCGAGCUUUGUUUCUUCACUUGGCAGUCCAGUUCUCAAAGUUCAGCAUCAUCUCCGCUUGACCCCAAAAUGCCGACGUCAUGAGCUCAACUAGCUAAUACUGAAAGCUACAUACAAACGACACGUUGAUGGUUCAACAGAUUAUGAGCACGUUGCUUUGUUUUCACUUUUCGUUCCGUAGGAGGCGCCAGAGAUCUCAGUGCUUCUUCGCUAAUCCUUAACUAAUGCCGAACAUUGUUCCCUUGUUUCCGCAAUGCAGUCUAGUUUAUUUAGUUUCGUUCAAUAUGAGACGCAAGUGUGACAUUUACCGUAACCGUCCAAAAUCAAUCGGAAAAAAAAAUGAUGGAUGACAAUCUUCAUUGGUUUACUUUCCACGACGUAUUUUCAUAUUCACGAAUUCAACUUUUAAAAACUCGGCAGCGGAAUCAUCUAAAUGAUUUUGAAUCAACAUCGGAGAUUGCCAUAACAAUCCGUUUUGGUCUAAUGUGUUGCAAUGGUUCCCAGAAUGUUCUCGUUUAACAGAAUCGUUUGUUUCUCUCGUGGACAAGCAGACAUGACAUCAUCAGAAAUGUCGAGUGCGGCCUCCUCAUUGCCAUAGUUACUGCUUAGAUAGUUUGCGUCAAUGUGUAUUUAUGGCAACGUGUUCCAAUCUGGAAGCCCUCUAAUGCCUCACAACUGGAAGCUUUUAUUGUAGAAAUGAAAAACUUCAAGAGGAAAUAAUGAAAUCAUCAUACAAGCAUUUUCUUUGAGAAAUUUCUUUCAUUCAGACAAUUCUUCACCUGAUGGCUUCUCCUUGGUACAAGCACACUCAAAGCACACUUUAUUUUUCUUGUCUAGGGGACGGUGAGGUUGACUAUUGGCCUCCAAUUAAGGUGUUUUCUCUGCAAAUAUUGCUCCCAAAAAAGCUGCUUGACAGGAGGAUGGUGAAAGAUCAAAUGUGACGUUUUGAAACGAGCCCAACUGCAAGAACUCUUUCGCUGAAAGUGUGUCAUCAUUCUGUGCCAAAUGUUAAAUGAUACUUCAUGCACCUAAACCAACAGCACAAUUUACAACUUGUGGUCCUAUGUGUAUUGAGAUAAACCUCCUUUAAUUGCAGUCUCUUUCUCCAAUGGAACUUUUAAAGGUUUUGUUGCUUUUAUAAGAACACAAUAAGAAACAUAAAACGAUGAACUUGUUCCCUAUCUGUAGUAGCAAAUGACUGCCCAUAAACAGAAAUGGGCAGGCUGUCAAGUGCAUGCCAAUGCAACAGGUGGCGCCGAUAGGGUGUUAAGGCCGUUUAGCCGAUCAGAAGCCUGGAAAAAGUCAUGUCUGGGGAAGGGCCGUUUCGAACAAUGGCAAUGGGAGGAAAUGCACGAUCAUAAGUGGAAAAAAACAAAACGCACUUGACUAUAAAGUUAACAAAAAAAAAAAAAAGGAAAACAAAACAAGGCUACAUAUUCAAAUUUCACUUCCAUUUCACGCAAAAAAAGGCAUUUUCAUUACAAAAAUAUAUAUCCAUGAUGAUUGCUAAAGCUAAUGCUACUAUGUACAUAAUAGAAGGCAAGCGCUACACAUUUGCUGUCCCUAAUUGUUUGGUGUCUGAGAUUUGAUAUGGAAUAAAACACUCGCUUAAAGAAUGAACAUGAAUUGCAUAUUGUUGUAUUUACAUUUGCGUAUUUUCAAACAGUGUAACGAUGUCAGAUGUGCUAUUAGUGUUAAAAAAAACAAAAAAGUCUUGUGAUGGUCUACCAUUUUUUUCAUACCAAAAAAUGAAGCACACAAUUUCCUGCACUUUUAGUCAAUUUUCACUUGAUGUUUUGCAACCUGUGCAAAGUGAACAUUUUAGUGUUUCAUUCCAAAAAAAACAACGAAACUAUAACCGAAGCCAAUGGAGUGAACUUUGACUGUACUGUUUUGUAAACUUGUCCUGUUUGAGGACCUACUUGCUAUUCAAGCAUGUAGGUCCACCAAGCAUGCCACACACUACUAUGCUAUUGAAAAGGAUUUAACAUUGUUUUUCUGUGCAGUUAUUCAUUGUGGGAUUAGUUCAAUGGACUUUCCGUAAACAUUUUGGAGGAAAGGAAAAGUAUGUUUGCUUUCUUUUGUUUUGCAAGACAAGACUAACGGCGCCAGUGACACACAUUUAGAAACAAACUGUGACUCUGGGAAAACAAAGAUGUGCUCCAUUUCAUACCAAAUGCAAUAAAUACAGCGGUACCUUGACAUUUGAAUGCCCCACAAUUUUGAGUAAAUUAAACCAUAAUUUGGUUUAAGAAAAGAAAUACAUUGGGAGUCGUCAUAUGUGACACGUUUUCAAAUGAGCCCUCUGCUGACCUGGGUUGUGCAUUUUACUUUUUUCUGCUUCGCCUUGUUAUAAAGAUAACGAGAGAAAAAAAGCACCUCGGUAGAGUAAAUGAUGAGAGAGAGAGAGAGAGAGAGAGAGAGAGAGAUGAUAGAUAGAUAGAUAGAUAGACCACCUGGUUAGCUACUAUUUGUGUCACAUUUAAUGUUAAAAAAAAAACACGAGAGUUGAGCAAAGUUUAUGAGCCCUCCUAAAAGUUUCAAGAUGUUUUUUUCAAUCAGAAUGGUAAACCUCUGCUGACACUUGUAUGACAGCUAGUGCAUAAUGUCACUGUUAAACUUAAAAACAUUGCCUGUACUGUAAAUAAAGGUUUUAUGAUGGCAA